GCCCCUUACCCGUCCCGUCCCGGCCUUGGCCCCGGCCCGACCCCUCCCCAGGCUCCCGGCGGGAUGGGGGACAACACCAGCCCCAUCAGCGUGAUUCUGGUGAGCUCGGGGAGCCGGGGCAAUAAGCUGCUAUUCAGGUACCCCUUCCAGAGGAGCCAGGAGCACCCGGCGUCCCAGACAAGUAAGCCUCGUAGCAGAUACGCUGUCAACAGCACCAGAGAGCAUGCCGAGGACCAGGACGGCGACUCCAGGUUUUCAGAUGUCAUUCUGGCAACAAUUUUGGCAACCAAGUCUGAAAUGUGUGGGCAGAAGUUUGAACUGAAGAUUGAUAACGUGCGUUUUGUUGGGCACCCGACGCUGCUGCAGCACGCGCUGGGCCAGGUCUCCAAAACAGAUCCAUCUCCGAAGAGGGAGGCUCCCACCAUGAUUCUUUUUAAUGUGGUAUUUGCACUGAGGGCCAAUGCUGACCCAUCGGUGAUAAACUGUCUGCACAACCUCUCCCGCCGCAUUGCCACCGUGCUGCAGCACGAGGAGCGCCGCUGCCAGUACCUCACGCGGGAGGCCAAGCUGAUCCUGGCGCUGCAGGACGAGGUGUCUGCCAUGGCUGACGCAAAUGAUGGGCCUCAGUCCCCGUUCCAUCACAUCCUGCCCAAGUGCAAGCUGGCCAGGGACCUCAAGGACGCUUACGACAGCCUGUGCACAUCUGGUGUGGUGCGGCUCCACGUCAACAGCUGGCUGGAGGUGAGCUUCUGCCUGCCCCAUAAGAUCCACUACGCGGCCACGAGCCUUAUUCCCCCCGAGGCCAUCGAGCAGAGCCUGAAGGCCAUCCGCCCGUACCACGCCCUUCUGCUGCUCAGCGACGAGAAGUCCCUGCUGGGCGAGCUCCCGAUUGACUGCUCCCCAGCCCUGGUGCGUGUGAUCAAGACCACGUCUGCUGUGAAGAACCUGCAGCAGCUGGCCCAGGACGCAGACCUGGCCUUGCUGCAGGUUUUCCAGCUUGCGGCGCACCUGGUGUACUGGGGCAAGGCCAUCAUCAUCUACCCGCUGUGUGAGAACAACGUCUACAUGCUUUCUCCCAACGCCAGUGUGUGUCUGUACUCUCCGCUGGCUGAGCAGUUCUCACGCCAGUUUCCAUCUCACGACCUGCCGUCUGUCCUCGCUAAGUUCUCCUUGCCCGUCUCCUUGUCAGAAUUUAGGAACCCCCUGGCCCCCGCUGUGCAGGAGACGCAGCUCAUCCAGAUGGUGGUGUGGAUGCUGCAGCGCAGGCUCCUGGUCCAGCUGCACACCUACGUUUGCCUGAUGGCCUCGCCCAGUGAGGACGAGCCCCGCCCCCGGGAGGAUGAUGUGCCCCUCACCACCAGGGUUGGCGGCCGCAGCCUCAGCACGCCCAACGCCCUCAGCUUUGGCUCCCCAACCAGCAGUGAUGACAUGACCCUCACCAGCCCCAGCAUGGACAACUCCAGUGCAGAGCUGCUCCCCAGUGGGGACUCGCCACUCAACAGGAGGAUGACGGAGAACCUGCUGGCCAGCCUGUCUGAGCAUGAACGGGCAGCCAUCCUCAGCGUGCCCGCGGCACAGAACCCUGAGGACCUCCGCAUGUUUGCCAGGCUCCUGCACUAUUUCCGCGGCCGCCACCACCUGGAGGAGAUCAUGUACAACGAGAACACGCGGCGCUCCCAGCUGCUCGCGCUGGUGGACAAGUUCCGCAGUGUCCUGGUGGUGACCACCCACGAGGAUCCGGUCAUCACUGUCUUCCAGGCCCUGCUCACCUGAGCUGGGGCACCGGAGGGAGCCUCCCCCCCGCAGGCUCCUUCCCUCCCCAUGGGGCCCCUGCUCUCCACAUCCUCACCUGCCUCCAGUCCUGGAAACAGCCUCAGGGGCUCUGAGCUGAGAAGGUGAGGCUCGAGCUGGGAGAGCGUCCAGGACUCUUGCCUCUGAGUGAGGCUUGCAUGCUGCCCACACCAACAACUUGGCCCGUGUUUCUCUCA